AUGAUCGGCGAAGCAGACCGCCCAUCAAGGCCUUUCCGCCCGGUUUCUACGUCCAUGAGCGCCCUCCAAGAGACGGCUGAUCAGGCAGCAGGAUUCUUGAGGCAGUGGGCGUCCAUUAGGGGUUUUUGGCGCUCAAUCGAUUACUUGUAUUGUGGAGGUUCCAAGGCCCCUUUGAAGCCGGAAUCCUGCGUUGACCUGAGUCUGGAGUAUGACCGCUAUGGGCAAGACUGGGCCUUUGAUGCCAAUUUAGAGCCUUCGAAAACCGAGGAGAAGAAGACAUCGGAGCUUCAUAUAGCCAAGAUCUCUCAUAGAUUGGUCGAUGAUGAGGAUCUGCCAGAUGUUAUCAAAGGGCUGACAAUCCCUAAAGAGGAACUUGAUAUACAGUUGUACUACACAUUUAAAUUGCAAGGCAAUGAGAAACAGGCAAUCUUUUCCCUAUCAAUAAAAGUUCGCGACUUCAACAUCACAGUCGCACAAAUCCGCUCAGUGGCAGCAGCCGCAAAAGCAUCUCAAGCCUUGGCCAAUCCCAACGUUGUGGCCGACGGAGAUGGAAGCGGCCCAGUCCGCUUACUGUGCUUCACACUCUAUCAACUUGGUGGAACGCAAAAUAUACCAGUUAUUGGGGUGGUUCCUCAACCAUUCGAUCAGCUUGGUAUAGCGUGGACCAACCGUGACACCUCUGCGGCUGAGUUGACUUUGCUGAACAAGGAGGUUUUCAAUAGCGAUCCCACAACCAGAUCUGAUCCGCCUCUCAUUACAAAGUAA